AUGGCGGCUUUUAUGGGGACUGAGGUGGGUGAACUCGAGCUCUAUCAACUUGAAAGUGCUGAGGAGUUACGUGAGGAUGAGCGUCCCCGUACAAGCAAGAAAAUGGCGUUGUUCUCUUUGGAUCAAGAUGAGGAGAAGGCCCAUCCCUUUGCCACCGACUCAGUCGUUGAUGGUCUGGCUUACCAGGUCCCUGCAAUUGGCGACUUUGCCAGGUUGCAUGAGCAACAGGGAGGGCUUCAGCUUAACGAGCGACAACCGCCAACAGGCCAGGUGUAUGAAGUUGUGGAAAGUGUCACGGAUUCUCGCCAUGACCCAAGUCAUCUGCAUGAAACUCGUGUUGAGCGCACGUAUCUUGAACCGCACGUUGAGCGCACGUAUCUUGAACCGCACGUUGAGCGAACAUAUCUUGAGCCUUACCCGCUUCCCACUCGGGGGGCGGAACAACCAACACGGAGACAGCUCUGUGCGCAGAACCCCACGUACGAAACUGUGUUCGAUGUGCGGACGGCGCGAGCUGUGAGCUCCGCAGAGUUCGUCUCACCCCAACGAAAACGCCCAUUUGCAUGGAACAAUCGCACGGGCCAGCAACAACAACAACAACAACACCACCACCACCACCAACAACAACAACUACUACGACUACGACUACGACGACGACGACGACAACAACAACAACAACAACAACAACAACAACAACAACAACAACAACAACAACAAUAACAACGACGACGACAACAACGACGAUGACGACGACGUGUCCUUCUUCUCUGUGUAAAAAUGGCGGCACUUGUAUUGUUGAGGCUGGCGAACCUGUGUGCGACUGCCCACGUGUUACGAUUGGCUCAACUGACUUCUGCUAUGAAAACUUUGACUGCACGAGUCUUCAGCCGUGCAUGAUGCGCUGACUACUGACUUGAAUCACAUCACUACAUCACACCCUAUCCCGAGCUCCCGAGCGUACGCCUCUGCGCAACAUGCCUCAAUCCUCGCUCAAGCGCUCAUGCAUUCCUGUCCUGUUCAUUUCAGUUUCAUCAUUCCCCAAAAAAACAACAUACAAAACAACAACAAACAAACAACAGCAAAGACACAAGCAAGACAAAGAGCAAGAAGGAAGACGAGAUGCGUGUCGCGUUUGUCACUGGCGGCACCCGAGGCAUCGGCCGUGCCAUCGUUAAGCGGCUCCACGCUGCGGGGUUACGUGUGGUGUUCUUCGGCCGGGGCAAGGAGCAUGGAGAUCAACUACAAGCUGAGCUUGGACUGGAGCGCUGUCGCUUUGUGCAGGCCGACAUGGCCUCGGAGGCGGCUGCGAUGCAAACCUUUUCCGGCGCGGUCGAAGAGGAGGGUGCCAUCGACCUCCUCGUCAACAACAUGGGAACCGGAGAACCAGGCGGCAAAG